UUGGAAGAUUGCUUUCAAACUUGGGAGUGUGUUUGCCGGCUGUCAGUUACUCCCCUUUCUCUCUCUCCCCCUUCUUCCCUUCUGUGUGACCAGAGUCUUCCUUUGGGGCCUUCUCUUGUCAUUUUCUUCAUCUUUAUUCCUUUUUUUGCCCCUCUAGGUAUCCGGCAUGGACCAUAACCAAAGCACCAGUGGCCAACCUGAACAGCAACAAUUGCCUUCUGCAAGCCACCCUGAAGUUCUGCCUUCUCAGAAUGGCUUCGGAAGAGCAAGUGAGACAUUGCUGCCUCAGUCCCCUGAGAAUGCAGCCCAGGCUGAGCCUGAAAUAAAGCUCUGUGAUAUAUCUGAGGAGCUGAGCCAACAGCUGGAGGACAUUAUUAAAACCUAUGGGUCAGCUGCCGGUCUGGUGGAGGAAGGAAAUAUGAAAGCAACAGACGGACCUGAGAAAGGAGAAUCUUUCAGUCCCGAGGAUGGGGACUAUGAAGAUGGGUAUGAUGAGGCUGAGAAAGAACAGAUCUCUUUGGGGGACACCUCUGGAUUAAAGGAGGCCAGUAUUCAGAAAGAACAAAAACUGGAAAAGAAAAUCCUGAAAGGAUUAGGAAAAGAGGCUACCCUGCUGAUGCAACAUUUGACCAAGCUGAAUACACCAGAAGAGAAAUUGGAUGUCUUAUUUAAGAAGUAUGCUGAACUGCUGGAAGAACAUCGUUCUGAACAAAAACAGCUGAAGUAUCUGCAGAAAAGACAGACGCAGCUCAUAAAGGAGAAGGACCAAUUACAGAGUGAACACAGCAGAGCCAUCCUUGCCCGGAGCAAAUUGGAGAGCCUUUGUAGGGAACUCCAAAGACACAACAAAACCCUGAAGGAAGAGACUCUUCAGCGGGCAAGAGAAGAAGAAGAAAAGAGGAAGGAGAUCACAAAUCAUUUCCAGGGCACACUGAAUGAUAUUCAGGCACAGAUUGAGCAGCAAAGCGAGAGGAACAUGAAGUUGUGCCAGGAAAAUACUGAGCUGGCUGAGAAACUGAAAAGCAUCAUUGAUCAGUACGAAGUGAGAGAGGAGCAUCUUGAUAAAAUAUUUAAGCACAGGGAACUUCAGCAGAAAUUGGUAGAUGCCAAGCUGGAACAGUCACAAGAGGUCAUGAAGGAAGCUGAAGAACGGCAUCAGCGAGAAAAGGAAUAUCUACUCAACCAAGCUGCAGAAUGGAAACUACAAGCAAAAAUGCUGAAGGAACAAGAGACUGUUCUCCAAGCCCAGCUGACUCUCUAUUCUGAUCGAUUUGAGGAAUUUCAGAAAACACUAACAAAAAGCAAUGAGGUGUUUGCCAGCUUCAAGCAAGAAAUGGACAAGAUGACAAAGAAAAUGAAAAAACUGGAAAAGGACACAGCUACAUGGAAAGCAAGGUUUGAGAACUGUAAUAAAGCUUUACUGGACAUGAUUGAAGAGAAAGCCAUGAGGGCCAAGGAAUAUGAAUGCUUUGUAGCGAAAAUUCAAAGGCUAGAAAAUCUUUGCAGAGCUCUGCAGGAAGAACGGAAUGUCUUGUACAAAAAAAUAAAAGAAGCACAAUUCCCUGAGGAGAACAAAGAAGAGGAAGAGGAGGAGGAAGAGGAGGAGGAGGAACAGCAGGCUGGAGUGGAGGAUAGUCUGGAGAAUAAAGCUACAAUUACAAAUCAGGCUAUUGAUGAACUAUCUGCCACUAGUGGAAUUAUCACAGAAGAUCUGGCUACAGCUUUCAUGGUGACUCAUGUGAAAAUGCCUAUGGUCACCACUAAUGAAGAAGUGGAAGAACUACAUGAUCCCAAAGUAUGUGAUCCAGUUUGUCCUCCUGAGCUGACAUUACUUUCUUCUGAGCCGCAAGGCACACAGGAUUCCUGUGAUCAAACAUCCAUGUCCAAAGCACAGGAACCAGAGGGGGACACAAUAGAACUUGGUCUAGAUCAUCCAGUAUUGAAGCUGCCAAAUACUGACAUGGAAGGGGUUGAUUAGCGUGAUAAAAAAGAUACAUUGUUUGUUUCCAAAAUGGCAUUCUCUAAUCCUUUCCUAAACAUUUCUUUUUUCGUAACAAGAUGGCUUUACAAGUGUUUUCAGACCUGCUUCAAUUUCACAGAAUACAUCUUGGCUUCAUGC